UUAGGUCAAAAAAGGCAGAUUCUUUUUCAAUCUUCCCUAACAUAAGGACUACAGGAACCCAUCUCAGAGAAUAUUUCACCUGACAUUAACCUGUUUUUCAGAUGGAUGACCAAAAUUACUGGAUUUGCUGUGUAGUGCACCAGUGUUUUAGAGAAAAGCACUGGCCAAUCUUUAUCUCUUAUCUUUUCCUAGUAUAUUUUAGGGUAAUGUUUACCUUUUCUGUCACUCUGUCACACCAAUUACUACUUCUGAAAUUAUUGUCAGCUGGCAGUAAAUACACCUGUGGACUUCAUUUGCUGUGAAAUGCAGUCAAUCAAACUUAGUCUUCAAUGCUGUUGGGCUCUAGCUUUAUUAUGCUGAUACUGUCUAGUACUGUGGAAUUUCAGAGGUAUUAAAGAGCAAAGAAAAAGAUGACUUCAAGCUGGAAAAACUAUACUGGACCUUUCUGGGUUUAACUGCAAUUUCUCACUGCAAGAGUGCUAAGCUUGGUUCUCUCCUAUGGAUGAAACCAUUGUUUCACAAAGGACGGAAGAUUCCUUCUUCAAAGGGAAAUCUGCUGGAUGCUGCAGUUCCACCUUGUUGUGAUGCACUUGGCCCUUAUGAUUACCCUGCUGCAGUGGCAUUCUACCUCAGUGCUCCUUGUGGAGGCAGCUUCAGAGCCUUUGGAGCCUUCUGUUGCUCUGGGCAUGGGAGCACAUCCCGUUGCCAGUGAAGAGAAGUCAGCCACCAACCUCGCAGCCAAACUGUUCCUUCUUGAUGAGCUGGUGUCUCUGGAGAAUGAGGUGACUGAGACCAAGAAGAAAAGAAGUUUCCCAGGAUUUGGGUCCCCGAUUGACAGAAUUUCUUCUACCUCUGUGGAUGUUAAAGGCAAACAGAGGAAAGUGGUUGAGCUGCCUAAGAGACGUUUUGGAGUUCCUCUUGACCGGAUUGGAGUGAGCCAUCUUGGCAACACCAAGGGUGCUUCUGUUCUGAAUGACUGACGCUGUUUUGGAAACAUUACAGAAAUUCAGAAGAUGCAUCACAACAUACCUUGUCAUUGACUAAUGAUACAGUACUCAAGGAAUUGACCUCCUGCAAAAUUGUUUCACAUUGCAUUUUACAAAUGUUGCAUUUACAAAUAAUAACAAAUUCAAUUCAUCAAGUUAUAAUGCUCUCACAGUUGUGUACGGUGUUACUGGUAGGAGGGGACAGAAAGUAUGUAUAUAAUUUAAUUGCAUGGCAUUUAUUUCUUAUACCAGCAGAAGUUCAUUAUCCUAGCAAGGACUGUUAGAUUUUCUGGAUUGAAAAUAAAGCCUCCAGAGAUGCCAAAAGCA